AUGAUCCAGUCCAGUCCGUACUAUCCUCAAUCAAAUGGCCAGGCAGAAGCCAGCAACAAGAUCCUGGUCAACAUUAUCAAGAUGAUGGUGAUUGAUAGUCCAGAAAAGUGGCAUGAGAGGCUGGGGAAUACGUUGUGGGCAUACAGAACUUCCAAGAGGGCAGGAACUGGGACAACUCCUUAUGCUUUAACUUUCGGGCAAGAUGCAGUGCUCCCCAUGAAGAUCAAUGCUAGUUCUGUUAGGAUUCAAAACCAAUUUGGGUUACAUAGUGAAGAAUACAUCGAAGCCAUGUGUCAAGGAAUUGAAGACUUAGAUGCAGCCCGAAUUGAGGCUUUGAACCAGAUUCAAGAAGGAAAGCGAGCCGUCGCCCGAGCUUAUAACAAAAAGGUGGUUUCCGAUGCCUUCAUGAAAAGAGUCCAAUCAGGUGAUCGGGUUGUGCGGCCAACAUGA